AUGGCUCCUCUCAGACUCCGAGUCGAAGGGAACGUUUUCCGUGACCCCCAUAACCGAGAAGUCAUCUUAAGAGGAAUAAAUCUCGAUGCAACGGCGAAAUACCCGAGAAUCCCGGACGUUCCCUCUCAUGAAGCGAAUGAGUUCUUCAACGGGGACGAUGUCUCUUUUGUAAAUAGGCCGUUUACUCUUGAGGACUCACACGCACACUUCUCCAGGCUAAAGAAAUGGGGGUACAAUCACAUCCGGUAUGUGUUUACGUGGGAGGCGAUCGAGCACGCCGGGCCCGGCCAGUAUGACGAAGAGUGGAUUACAUUCACCAUAGAGCUGCUGAGGAUCGCAGGGACUUAUGGCUUCUACGUAUAUAUGGAUCCGCAUCAGGAUGUGUGGUCUCGUUUCUCAGGCGGUUCUGGAGCCCCAAUAUGGACACUGUACGCUGCCGGGCUUGAUCCCCGAAAUUUCCACGACACACAAGCCGCUCUGGUCCAAAAUACGUACCCAGACCCUGCGGCCUUCCCAAAGAUGAUCUGGAGUACAAACUAUACUAGGCUUGUCUGCCAGACGAUGUUUACCCUCUUCUGGGCUGGGAAAGACUUUGCCCCGAAGGCAAUAAUUGAUGGGAUGAAUAUCCAGGAUUACCUUCAAGAUCAUUUCAUUGCUGCCUGCAAGCACUUGGCAAGCAGAAUUCAUGAGGCUGGGGGCCUGGAGGAUGAUGUGGUGAUUGGAUGGGAAAAUGUCAAUGAGCCUCAUAGGGGUAUGAUCGGGAUACCGGAUAUUUCUGUUAUUCCAGCCGAUCAACAAUUGCAGCUUGGGACAUCUCCCACUGCUUUUCAAGGAAUGAUGACAGGCUCAGGCUUUCCUUGUGAAGUGACUCAAUGGGAGUUUGGUACUUUCGGACCACACCAAACAGGCCGGACGCUGGUUGACCCAGAAGGCAAGUCAGUCUGGCUCAAAGUUGACCGUGCGGACCAGUACGGAUGGAAAAGAGAUCCACAGUGGAAGCUUGGGGAAUGUAUUUGGGCGCAACAUGGGGUUUGGGACCCUGCUACGCUUACUCUCCUACGAAGUGGCCACUUUGGCACGCACCCUAGAACCGGAGAAGCCCUUAAUUAUGAAGGUUUCAUCAAUACAUAUUUCAUGGAGCAUUACCGGAAGUAUCGUGAUGCUCUAAGAAGUGUUCACAACGAUACAAUUAUGUUCUGUCAGCCACCUGUGCUGGAAAUCCCGCCCACCAUCAAGGGGACUGUGGACGACGACCCGAACAUGGUCCAUGCUGUCCAUUUCUACGAUGGACUUACCCUCAUGUCAAAACACUGGAACCGAUAUUACAACGUUGAUGUUGUAGGCAUACUCCGCGGCAAGUACUGGAUUCCAGCCUUUGGCCUUAAAAUUGGUGAAACUGCUAUUCGAAACUCCUUUCGCGACCAACUGCAUUAUCUUCGCGAAGAGAGCUAUAAAAACAUGGGCAAUCAUCCGCUAUUACUGACUGAAACCGGCAUUCCUUAUGAUAUGGAUGACAAGCAUGCGUACAAGACUGGCGACUAUUCUAGCCAAAUAAGUGCUAUGGAUGCAAACCAUUUCGGCAUCGAGGGUUGUGGGGGUAAUGGGUAUAGUCUUUGGACUUAUGCUAGCGAGAAUUCGCACAAGUGGGGAGACAACUGGAACGGCGAGGAUCUAUCAAUCUACUCUCCAGAUGAUUUAGAGCUGCCAAUCGCAAAAUCUUUAGAAUCUGGUAUGACUACAUUGGACCCUUCCUCUCCAUCAUUUUCACAGAGUAGAGUCGACUUACAAGCGAUCCGGGUUGAACCGAGUAAUUUGAAAGCAGCUCUCCCUGCUGCCUCAAUUACCACAGAGCCCCAGCUAAAAGAAGGCGGAGAACAUCGAGGAUUUCGUGCCGUUGAAGCAUUUGUACGCCCUGGCCCCGAGGCCGUCCAUGGCCGCAUAACGAAACAUGGUUUUGAUCUUCAAAAUUGCACCUUUACGCUAUCCUUGACUGCUGAUUCGUCUACCGUCUCUACUACACCGACUCUCAUCUUCCUUCCGGAACUGCACUUUCCAAAGGAUAAAUCCACGGUCACCGUAAGUGGAGGGAAAUGGGAGAUUUUCUCUCAAGAGUUCCAGCACGGAAGCGUUCAGUUCUUGAAAUGGUGGCAUGCCGAGGGAGACCAGAGCAUACAAAUCCACGGCGUCAAACGCGAGCUUUCUGCUGUCGUCAACCCGCAUGACGAAGAAGGAUACAUUGAACAAUGCAAGCAGCAUUCGUGCAUUUUAAUGUAA